AUGACACCUCUUUCCGUUAUUGACCGAAGUAAGCUCCGAAGAGCACGUCAAAAACACCGUUCUGCUCUGCAAAGUGAAUUUAAAUCAUCCACCGUAGAGAUAAGAGGAUUAUACUUCGAUGGCAGAAAGGACAAAACUGUGUGCCAAGAAAAGGUUUUAGAUAAACUUCAUCGCAAGAUAAAAACCGAAGAUCACAUUUCGUUACUUGAAGAACCAGGUUCUAAAUAUCUAAAUCACAUUACUCCAACGUCAGGUACAGGAAGACAUAUUGCCACAUCUAUAUUAAAUUUUUUUGAAGAAUCCGGUUUUGGUACAGGUAAUCUUUUAAUAGUAGGCUGCGACGGUACAGCAGUCAACACUGGGAGGAAGAAUGGGGUUUUACGGUUUUUAGAGACAGAACUGAAACGUCCUCUGCAGUGGUCAAUUUGUCUGUUACACAUGAAUGAAUUGCCCCUCCGGCAUAUCUUUCAAUAUCUCGAUGGAGAAACUUCGGGACCUCGUGAAUACUCUGGCAGUAUAGGUAAACUAUUGAAGUCUUGCGAAAAUUUGCCAGUAAUCCAUUUUGUUCCUAUUCAUACCACUAUACCACAAUUAGAUGCUGCAGUUAUAAGGGACCUUAGCAGUGAUCAAAAGUACUUAUACGAAAUUUGUCAUUCGGUUUCUAGUGGAAAGUGCUCGAUAGAUUUAGCAACUCGUAAUCCGGGUAAAUUAUCAUAUGCACGAUGGGUUACAAAGGCAAAUCGUAUAUUGCGUGUUUACGUCGGAAGUGAAAAUCCGUCUUUGGUUUUAAGAUCUUUGGCUGAAUUUGUGGCAAAAGUUGCAACAAAAUUUUUCUUUGCAGCCUUAAGAAACUCAAAAGCAUCGAUUUUUAUGCGAGACGUGAGAGUUGACAAAUAUGUGAAAAAAUUGAUGCAGACAUUAGACAACGGGGACUUUUCGGAUCUCUCCGAUUUGUCCGAAGGUGAAGCUGGUGAUGAAGAUCUAUUAGAAGAAGCAGAAAAUGUGGAAAGCCGCAUUGAAGACAUAGUUGCUGCAAUGGAUCCACAAGAUGACAAUAAUGAAGAUGAGCUUGAGAAGAUGAGCUUCGAGGAGAUGAAAUAUUCGACGACGUAG